UUUUCUACUGAAAAGGAAUUGUUCGCAUGAAAUAAUUUUUAUCAGUGAAGAUAAAUGUUUUUUGCUUGUUUUUCUGGGCUUUUGACAAUUUUGAUAUUUUUUUUUUGUACAUGGAAAAUUGUAAAAUGAGUGAAACUAGUAGCUUCAACUGUUUGUACAAUUUUUUCUACACGACUUAAUAGGGUAUACAAUGGAGAGAUAAGCAUUGAUGAUAAUUCAUGAUAAGUUCAUUGAUUACACAACACUGGAAGAGUCUAUUUCCCUGGGUACAAAUUUUCUUGAAUUUUUAUGGUAAUUUAACCUCCAUAAAUAAUUAAUGUGUGCGGCUCAAUGCGUGGAGAAAUUCUGUGAAGUUAUUUCGUUGUUCUAUUUUAUGAAAAAAUGUAGGGGGAAAUUUGGAAAUUUAGGGGUCAAUAAAAUUAGAAGUAUUUAAUUGUUGUAGCAAUGAUUAACUCCAAUAUUUCAAUUAUGAUUUAUUUUAUUAAUCACUUUAGUCGAGAAAUCAUAUGAAAGAAAUUCUUCAUUGAAUUCUCAUAAAAAAUUCCACGAAAAAACCUUGAGGAAAUUUGAUAAAAGUCUCUUUUUAUUGGAAAAACGCUCUUGGUUUUGCCAAAAUGCAAAAAAAACUCACUGCCUCGAGUAAAGCAUGAUUGAGUCAAUGUUGUUCAUGAAUUAUCUCAGUGCCAUAAAAUGUGUCCGGACAGGAGAGGCUUAGAGAGAACAAAUAUACUCUCGAGCAGACUUGUUGAUGUGGCAAGUCUCCCCAAGACAUGUACUCCGUGAAUACCAGGAAACUGUGACAAACUCAAGAACACUUGGAACAUUAAACUGUAAAAAAAUCCAUAACAAUACCUAUUAUUCAUAAACUCGUGGUUAUCCAACGUAAACAAUUAUCUCGAAUGCACCGGGAGAAUGAAGAGUAGAUUGCACUUGGGUCCGAAACGUCUUACUAAGUUCGAUAACGAGGCGAGUUUGCAGUCAGCCAAAUACAGCUGCAAGAGUCACAAGCACAUAGUCAUGGAGCACGCUGAUCUGGUAUCCGAGAUGGUGCACGUAGAGAGACUGACGACACAGGAGAGACUCCACCUGGCGCGUCAUCGCAGACUUCAGCAGUUGAAGGUAUGGAGACAGAGGGAGAAAGAGUGGUUGAGACAACAUACGAGACACUCCAGCAACAAGAGGAGCAUCUAUUUCGACGACUCGGUAAUGCUCCUGGAGGCAGCUGCUAGGAAUGACAUAGACGAGGUCAGGCGACUGCUGAAGAAGGGAGUUAAUCCGGACUCAACUAAUGAAGAUGGAUUGACUGCUCUGCACCAGUGCUGUAUUGAUGAUAAUGAGGAGAUGAUGAAACUUUUGACUGAAUUUGGGGCUAAUGUUAAUGCUGAGGAUAGUGAGAAGUGGACACCUCUUCAUGCCGCUGCUACUUGUGGGCAUUUGCAUUUGGUGAGGUAUUUGAUUGCUGCCGGCGCCAAUUUAUUGGCUGUCAACGCUGAUGGGAAUAUGCCUUAUGAUAUUUGUGAGGAUGAGAAGACUUUGGAUUGUAUUGAAGGGGAAAUGGCUAGUCGAGGAGUGACCCAAGAGCUAAUCGACGAGACCCGAGCAGCGACUGAGAUGCAAAUGCUCGUGGAUCUCCAGAAAUUAGCAUCUGUCGGUGGGGAUUUAGAGUACAAAGAUCACCAGGGAGCAACACCCCUCCACAUUGCAGCAGCCAAUGGCUAUCUACGAGUCGUUGAGUUCCUUUUGGAUCAGCAUGUUUCUACGGACGUGGAGGACAACGAUAAAUGGCAGCCGGUACAUGCUGCCGCCUGCUGGGGUCACUUGGAAGUUCUGGAAUUACUAGUACAAAAUGGUGCAGAUUUGAAUGCUAAGAAUAAACAUGAGGAGACACCAGCAGACAUAUGUGAGGAUCCGGAGAUUAGGGAACGAAUCGUUGAGCUGAAGACCGAACAGGAGAGUAAGAAACUUCGAGAAGCCCAGAGCAGGCGUAUCCGAAGGUCCCAGAGCAUUAACACAAGGACGCAGAGCGUCAGGAGAACUUCAAUUAGAGACAAAGUGCUAACAACCAAGAAGGAUGCACAGGAGGAGGCGAGGCUCAGGAUACAAGCACAGCAGACUUAUGGAGGACCAACAUCAACUGAUGGACCAACUUCCAACAGCACAAAUUCCCAAGAGACUAAACCCGAUGAUCCAGAUUCAGCAGCACUGACAUCAUCAGCCCGCCGGGGACCAGAAGGAAAAGACAAUGAUUCAUUCGUCAAUGAAGACGUUGACAAAGACACAGUGACAGGGUCAGACUCGCCUGUCGGCAGCCAACAGCCGAUAUACACAGCUGAGAGUGAUGCUAAUGGCAAGAUCAACAUACACGUGUCUGUAGUUUUCGUCAAAUCGUUGUCCGAUCUGAAGAAACAACGCGCCCAGAGCCGACACACAACGCCAACGCUUGACGCCAAUGGCAAUGGGGUUCCUGUACCUGUAUCAGCGAAAGCUGAUAGUGAAUUAACGGUCGAUGAUUUUCAUCGCUUCUCGGGGAACACCAGUGACAUCAUUGGGGAUAAUGAGAAUGAGCAGAGAUGUUGCGUUUUGAUGUGAGUUUGAUUGUUUUUGUUUUCGUUGGGGAUAAGUGUUGAGGGGGUUUCCUGGGGCUAGCAUCGUGCAAGUUUUCUUUGGAUGGAGGGAGAGGUGGGGUGCGCUGAAUUUUUUACGGUUGGAGAUUUCGAGGGGAGAUUUUAGAGCUGAAAGUUUUUGAGGGUUUGAAAAUUAAACAUUUGUGGGGUAUUCUGGGUUUAUGGUGUCGACGACUGACCCUCACCCUCUUAGCGAUCGGAGGGAUAGAACAUAUAGCUCUCGAUUUCUUUCAGCUGUUUUUAACAGUUGCUUUUGGAGAGAGUCAUUUAGGAAAGACAAACGAAAAAAUGAAGAAAAAAUGAAAAUUAAAAAACAAACGACUAAUUUUCUGAACAAUGCCCCACAAAUAUUUACGCCCUUCCGGAACUAAAAUCUCAUUUGAGCCUACUUCUCUGACAAAACCUCAAUUUGUCAAGAACUUUUCGCAAUAAUUUCGCUCUAACAUCUCCAACCCAUCAUUCACAAAAAGAAAUAAUCAAAGAAAAUAAUUUACCAAAUAGAUUUAAAAUUAUUUGUACCACUGUGCCGAAUUCUCUAUCUAAUAUCGUUCUCAUUUCAAUGUCAAUUCAUCGACUUUUAUAUACUUCAGUAGAGUGAAUAUGGGCUUGAAUAUUUUGACGUCCAACGAAAUAAUCGAAAAUGAAAACUAAUUAAUGUGAUUCUUGAAUGGAAGUUAGUUAGAUUCAUAAACCGUUCAAUUUUCCAUUUAUAAUUGUUGAAGUAUUAUUUCUUCUCGAUUAGAAGAAAGAUAAGUUUUAUCGAACUUAAUACGUUGGCUGAGUUGAUAUGCAAAUUUCUUUCCAACUUGUCCAUCUUAGCAUCGUAGCAUGAAGGUGCAGUUUUUAAUGUUACUCGUACGAGACCAUUUCGUAAAAAAAUUUAAAUUCAUCUCUCUUAAUUUUUGGCCGACUUUAGUAAAAGAAAGCAGUUGAUUGGCUCACAUUUUUCAAUAUUAAUUGUCAAUUGAAAAUAAUCCAAAUACAUUGAAUAUAUUUUUUUGAGUCAAUUUGCUAGAUUUUUUAACGAAAUUCUCUCGUACAUGUGGGAGUAAGCAUCAAUCCGUAGUCUUAUCCAACUUGGCACAAGUAGAAUAAACUUUAGUUUCUUAAUAAAGCGUGCAUGUAUAUACUUUUUACUUCUUAUUUAUUUUUAUGAUAAGUAGGUUAUUCUAUUCCAAUGAAUUUUUUUAGUUUUUAUGAGGAUUUAGCAACAUGUCAUUUAAUGUUUUGAGGAUAAAAUUUAUUCUGUAAAUUUUUUAAUCAAUCUGUGGAAUUUUUAAUGUUGAAACACAGUAUUGACUUGUGUAAAGGUGACGGAGCUCCUCGUUGGGUUGUGGAUAAUGAAUAAUCAUGAUUGUGAUAAAAUGGAUGGUUAUCUCUAAAUAGUGUAUAACCGCAUAUGAAAAAAAUAUCAUAAAUUUGUUGAAAAAAUAUUUUGAACAUUUUUAUUUAAAGGGGCGUUUCAAAAACGAGGAAAAUUUUCAACGAAAAUUCAUUUGAAAUCCAAGAGGAUUUCGCAUCACACUUUUAACUCGUUCCACUUGAGUUCUAACUAAUCAGUAUGAGAUGAAGCAGCUCACCUUUACACAAGAAUCUAUCUCUAAUUUUGAUGCUUGCUACUUGAAGAAAAAAAUUGUUGACAUCCAUCUAAGCCUACAGGUAUUCUCUCGAUGAGAGCAAAUUCCAGAUUGAAACAAAAAAAAUUGCUCAUUCAUGAUUACUUUAAUCGUUGAUACGUAGUAGUACUUAAUAAAUAAAAGAAUUCUAUGAUCAAUUUAUAGGAAAAUAUGUUGGCUCAGUGAGCCGGAAAAGCGUUGUGAUUUAUAGAUGCGCGAAAGCAUAUUUUUUAUAAUUUUUAUUGAACUUAUAUAGUAUUAUAGAGAUAAUUGUCAAUAUCUUACGAUCAACGAUUGUAAAACCGAGAAGUCGUUGGGGUCUUUUAUAGCUCGGUUCUUCUUAAUUACAUCCUGACACUGUCAAAAAUUAAACAUGAAUGAUUACAAGGCAUCAACGCCACUCAAUUAUGAGUUUUUACGAGUCUCCAGUCAAUGGCAGAUUAAGUUCAUGAAUUUCAGGAGUUUUUCGUUGAAUAUUGUGUAAAUAGAUUAUCCAUCAUUUAAUUCUUGUAGAUAUAGUCCAGACAGUGAACUAUUGGGGGAGAAAAUAAAAUACAAAUUAUAGAUAUAUGUUAUAUUUAAAGUGUUCAUCAAUAAUGAUCAAUAUUUAAGGAAAAAAAUUCAAUUCUCUUGGAGGAUUAUUUUGUCCAUGACUUUCUCUACUGGAAUUAAAUAAUGUGGAUAAAAAAAAUGUAAAAGCCAAAGUCUUUUUCACUUUAAAGUUCAUCGAACUCUCGCGGGCCUUUGUCGCCUUAAAAACUUAGUUGAAUAUGCAAUUUAAGCGAUUUUCGUCAACUUCAACUUCAAACUCUUCCAUAAAUCAUUUUUCGGUAGAUGGAGAAAUACUUUAUACAAGUUGUGGAUUAGCCAAAUUAUGAAUUACUCCAUGAGUAUUGAUCCAACAUGUCUCUUUCUCAUUUCUGCUCGUCAUUUCAAUGUUCAUUCCUUAUAAAUGUGAUUACUCAAACAAUAAUUAAUGAUUAAAAGCCAUUCGUUUAGUCCAUACGAUGUACGAAUGUCAAAACAGUAAUCAAAGUAGUUGUCAUGUUACAAUGAAGAGGUUCAGAAUACUAUUUAGAAAAUAGAUGACAUAGCAGAGGAAAAAUGAAAAACGUUUUUCAAUGGCAGGGAAGUUUUUCCCAUCCGUGAAAUGCAUUAUAAAAUGUUCAACUUACCGAGUGUCAGGAUUGCCAAUGGGAUACGUCAGUGGUAAUUUUCCAGGGGGAGGCCCUCUAAAAUUAUCACUCACAGCAUACACCGCACGAAAUUCAAUUUCAUUCUUCAACAGAUAUCAUUAUACGUCAGUAAUCAAUUAGUAAAAUCAACAGAAUGAAAAAAGGCUUUUAUCGACUGAGAUUAGCAUUCCAAAUGUUUAUUUAUAGCUCUAAAUAAGUCAACGGCAACAUUCCGAUACAUAAAAUAAAUCAAAUAACCGGAGAAGUCUGUUCAUGCGAAUCGAAAUAGUUUGAGUUUUUUUACAAAAAAAUAAAAAUGUUCUUUCUUGUACUUACGAUUUAUUAAAUAUUAUAUUUAUGUACUAUAUAUAUGCAUACUAAUAUAUUACAUAUCAGAAA